AUUUGUGAGGAUUUUGGGGAGCUUUUAACAUGGCGGAUGGCCAACCACCACCAUAUCUUAUGAGAGAAAGAUGGAGAUAGGUGGUGGGGGUCAAAGUGGAGUUGCUGCAAGUUCAGGGGUUUGUUGUGGUGGGAAGAGAAAGAACGAAAGGCCGUACAAAGGGAUUCGUAUGAGGAAGUGGGGAAAAUGGGUUGCAGAAAUUAGAGAACCCAACAAGCGUUCGAGGAUCUGGUUGGGUUCGUAUUCAACGCCGGUGGCGGCGGCGCGGGCUUAUGAUACGGCGGUGUAUUAUCUAAGAGGGCCUUCGGCCCGAUUGAAUUUUCCUGAGUUGUUAGUUGGUGAUGGUGGGCUUAAUGAUUUGUCUGCUGCUUCAAUUCGUAAAAAAGCCAUAGAAGUUGGUGCUCAAGUUGAUGCUGUACAGAACUCGCUUGCAACCCAUCAUAACCAUACAGAAGAAAAGGUGCACUGUGAGACGGCAAGCCCUUCAGAAUUGAAGCCUUGUUGGUUUCAAGAGAAGCCCGAUUUAAACUUGAAGCCCGAACCCGAAGAUCCAGAAGUGGAUUACUGGUAAUACUACUAUUUAGUUACUAUCGAUAUUACCAAUAAUAGUAUUAGUAGUAUCUGUGCUCUUUUUGUUGGUUGGGGUAAGAGGAAGUGCUUUGGUAAGAAUACAAGCGCCGCUCCAGGUUGUGUCGACGACUCCUAGCUUGGUAGCCUAGGAUUGUUAUAUUCUUUUAAAAAAAAAACUAUUACCUCUUUCUUUAAUUUUACUUUAUCUUUAAGAACAAAUUAUCAGCUGAGCAGUUUUGAUGUUGUAAGAUGUAAAGGGGAUUUGUGUUAUUAUUUUGUCUAUCGCAAUUCUGUUUGUA